GUUCAGAGGUGAAAUAAGAGACAGGCCAAAACAGACAUUAGACACAGCUACCAUCCCAGAACUAAGCCAAUUAGAAUGGAAGUCAGUGUGUGCGUGCUGAGUGGGGCUGAACCGAUGCAAGCUGUUAGACUGAUUUAUACAAAGCUGUCUACAUGAGGCUCUGCGUGGUGAGCCUCUCGCCUCAUUCUCAAUUUGGGUCGCUGGGCUUGAUCAUCAGGAGACAUGUCGCUGCCGCCAGGUCUCGGGAGAAAUCCAUUGAUAGCUGCCUGGUUCUCCCGAAUUUUGCUAAUGCCAUUCCUUCUACGCUCCACCUAAAAAGGAUGGAAACCCUGGAGUCGGAGCUGACGUGCCCGAUCUGCCUGGAGCUGUUUGAGGACCCCUUGCUGUUGCCCUGUGCCCACAGUCUGUGCUUCAAUUGUGCUCGCCGAAUCCUGGUCUCUCACUGCACCACAGGUGAGCCAGCCGAUGCCAUCUGCGCCUUUCAGUGCCCCACGUGCCGCUAUGCCAUUUCACUGAGCCCACAACACGGCCUGGACGCACUCAAGCGCAACGUCACCCUCCAGAACAUCAUCGACCGUGUCCAACGGGCUUCAACUUCUGCCACACUUCUUCUGUCCUCCAGCGGACACAGUUCCCCAGGCGACAGCCCCCUAGGUGCCAUGACGACUGCCACUGCACCCUCGUCACCCGCUGAGCUGGUGCAGUGCCAGUUUUGUGAGCAGGAACCGCCGCAGUGUGCUGUGAAGACCUGCGUAACAUGUGAGGUGUCUUACUGUGAGGAGUGCCUGCGUGCCACCCACCCCAACAAGAAACCGUUCACUGGACAUCGCCUUAUUGAACCUUUGCCUGACUCACACCUCAGAGGCCUGCAGUGCCUUGAACAUGAGGAGGAGAAAGUGAACAUGUACUGUGUCACAGACGAGCAGCUCAUCUGCUCCCUUUGCAAGUUGGUGGGACGUCACCGUGACCACCAGGUGGCAGCGCUAAACGAGCGCUAUGAAAAACUAAAGCAAACAUUGGAUUCCAACCUCAGCAAUUUGAUCAAGAGGAGCAGUGAGUUGGAGUCACUAAUGGGGAAGCUGAUUCAGACCUGUCAGCAUGUGGAGGUGAACGCAUCACGACAAGAAGGAAAGCUGAUGGAUGAAUGUGACAUCCUGAUCAGCAUAAUUCAGGACAGAAGACAGAUUAUUGGAUCCAAAAUCAAAGAGGGAAAGGCGGUUCGGCUGCGGAAGCUAGCACAACAAAUUGGCAACUGCAAGCAGUGCAUAGAGCGAUCGUCCGCUCUCAUAACUCAAGCGGACCAGACGUUGAAAGAAACCGAUCACGCUCGCUUCCUCCAGACUGCAAAGAGCAUCUCUGAGCGAGUCUCGAUGGCGACAGCGUCUUCUCAGGUCUUGAUACCUGAGAUUAAUCUGACGGACACGUUUGACACCUUCGCGCUGGAUUUUACUAGAGAGAAGAAGAUGCUAGAAAAUCUUGAUUACCUCACAGCACCCAGUCCUCCAGGCAUCCGAGAGGAGCUGUGCACGGCCUCCUACGACACUAUAACCGUGCACUGGACAUCUGAUGAUGAAUUCUCGGUCGUUUCUUAUGAGCUUCAGUAUACCAUCUUUACUGGCCAGUCAAACAUUGUCAGUCUCUGCAACUCCGCUGACAGCUGGAUGAUUGUGCCUAAUAUCAAGCAGAAUCACUACACCGUUCACGGCCUGCAGAGCGGCACCAAGUACAUCUUCAUCGUCAAGGCCAUUAAUCAGGCAGGAAGUCGCAGCAGUGAACCUGGAACACUCAAAACCAACAGUCAGCCGUUUAAGCUUGACCCAAAGUCUGCACACAGGAAACUAAAAGUGUCUCACGACAACCUGACAGUGGAGCGGGACGAGAUAUCCUCAAAGAAGAGCCACGGCCAGGAGCGUUUCAGCAGCCAUAGCAGCUACGGUGUCAUAGGAAACGUCUAUAUCGACAGUGGACGCCAUUACUGGGAGGCUCUAAUCGGAGGCAGCACUUGGUAUGCAGUGGGCAUCGCCUAUAAGUCAGCACCCAAGCAUGAGUGGAUUGGGAAGAACCCUUUUUCGUGGGUGCUUUGUCGUUGUAACAACUCCUGGGUGGUUCGCCACAACAGCAAAGAGAUGGUCAUUGACCCUUCACCACACCUGAGACGAGUCGGCGUGCUCCUGGACUACGACGUCGGCUCUCUGGCUUUCUACGAUGCCGUGAGCUCUCAGCACCUCCACACCUUCCAUAUCACCUUCACCCAACCUGUUUGCCCUGUAUUUAAUGUCUGGAACAAAUGUCUUACAGUCCUAACAGGUCUGCCAAUCCCAGAUCAUCUGGAGGGUGUAGAGGCUUUCGAUUGAGUGCUGAUGGACUUUGGGCUGCUUAAGUUUGCUUUCAGCUUCGCCCAUGACCUUUUUUGACUGCACCAUAUUUUCAAUUCAUUCAUUUUUUAAAGCAUGCAGAGAAAGUUUUAACAAAAAAUUCCACCUUUAUAUGAAAAAAUACAUGACUGAUUAGAAACCCCUGAAUUAAAAGUGACAAAAUAUUUUUUAGCUUUGGUCUUAGUGUAUAAUAAGUGGUGAAAUUUUUUUAGAAGUGAAGACCAGAAUUCUUUAAUAUCAGGUAUUUUGGAGGAAUUUUGCACAUGUCUGUAUGUUAUGUCUAUAUUUAUGAAAAGGUGGAAGAUCACAUUAACGUCUUAUAAAUUGGUGCGACCGUGCGAUUAGGUCUCUUAGUGCAAUCUUACUUCAUAUGCAGAUAUAUAAAAAAAAAAAACAAUAGGGAGCAAUGGACUAUUUUUACUUUAUAAAAUGGACAUUUCAGCAAUGCAGCAGGACUGAUUACAUUUCUACAUGAAAAAACCUUGUCCAUUUUAAAUCAAAGGAAUAUUUGCUUGUCAUUUAUCAAGCUAUAUCUGUUAUGGUAUAACUGGUUUUAGUUUUAGUUUUAUUUUGUUCAUAUGCAUCUGUUUAUGUUCCUGAACAUACUAACUAAAGCAGUAACUAAAUGCAAAUUUGUAUGUUAAAUACACAAUCUAUGUUGCGUGUUCACAAAAAAGGUUACACAUCCUGUAUUCUGUAUAGCAUUAGCAUUUUUGUGAAAGGUUGUUCUGUCGUUUGUUUUUCUCAGUCUUUUUUUUUUACGUAUCAUUAGCAACAGAGGCACUAAGUUCAUUUACUGACGUAAACGUAGCUCAUUAAAUCAACAUUAAAUCCAAAAUGUUUCUGCACAGAUUCCGCAUUAGCGUAGAUUAUCACAUGGACUAAAACACUUGCCUGUUAUAGUAAAUUAUUAAUGUAUCUGUUAGUUUUGUGUAAAAUUUUAAAAGAGCAGAAAAUUUCAAUUCUAUUUUGAGGCUUAAUCCUGUAUGUACAUGUUAUAACCUGGCAGUUUAUAACCUUACAUCUCUGUUGUGUAUAUAAACUGUCUGUGUCUAGAUGCAGAGGGUAAAAUGUUUGAGUUAAAAAGAGUUGCUUUAUA